AUGCAUGAAUGUUCAACUGCUGAUUUGGGGGUUAAUCCAGGAGACGUUUCAGAUGGGUUUUCAGGCAUCAAGGAUUACUUCGACGAACUUUUCAAUAAUUAUUUGUCAUACUUCCAAAGCCAGGAAGUAGAUAACUUUAAAUUUACAAAAUUAGAGCUUCUGAAUGAAGGCGUUGAACUUUUUGAAAACAUUGUAAGCGAUUUAGAGAUAAAUGAAAUUUCAAUUUCGCUAGAUGGCAUUCUACAAGCAUAUGAAGAGUUGAUAGACAAUCAGACACCAGCAGGAACCCUGAAGAAUAAAGCAAUUUGGACUAUUUUUUUCAAGUCAGUUAUGGAAAGGAUGGGAGUUGAAACUGAAUCUACUGCUGAUUAUUUAACUCAAGUUGCGAUAAUGCGAAUCAAUCCGGCCGACUAUCCUAUUAGCUGCAUUGCUAAAAAAAUAAAUGGAUUUCUAUAA